AUGAACAUUCCCAGAUUCUCAGAAUUACCCUUGAGAGAGGGCGAUCCGCCGUAUUCAGCGUGGGGACUGUACGGGGAGAAGGAUGAACUGGGAACUCUCAAUAGACAGACCGAUGAUUUGGUCCUCGCUGCCGCGAAGGAGAUUCGGUCGGGCAAAAGAAUCUCACUCAACUGGCCACUCGAUGCCCAAGACAAGAUCCCUUUCUUUGGCCGCCACAUCUUCCACAAAGAGAUCAUUGCAAAGACACCUCGGAUCGUCAAUGACGACGUGUGGACGUUCAACACUCAGAGUAGCAGCCAGUGGGACGGUCUGCGUCACUUUGCGUACCAGAAAGAGCAGAAAUUCUAUAAUGGUGUCACAAUGGACGACAUCCACGGCCCGAACAAGACUAAUGUCAACGGGAUUCACGCAUGGACCAAAAAUGGCAUCGUCGGGCGCGGUGUCCUCCUCGACCACCACCGCUGGCGGCUAGCACACAAUAUCCCGGCUGAGAUCUUCAAGAGGCAUCCGAUCCCGGUAGAACAUCUCAAGGCAGUAGCUGAGUUCCAGCAAACCGACAUAAAAUUCGGAGAUAUACUCAUUAUUCGCGUUGGAUAUAUGGAAGCGUUCAGAGCACUCUCAGAUGAGGAGCUGACCAGCUUGGCAAAGAAUAUACCACAUGCACUUAUUGGCGUGGAGCAGAGCAAAGAAACUCUCGAAUGGAUCUGGAGCAACUUCUCUGCAGUCGCUGGAGACCACCCUUCUUUCGAGGCAUAUCCACCCCCAAGCGAUCUGUGUCUGCACGAGGUUCUCUUGGCAGGAUGGGGAAUGCCGAUUGGGGAGCUUUUCGAUCUGGACGAAUUAGCCCAGCACUGUGAGAAGGAAAAACGGUGGACUUUUUUCGUAGCCAGCGAGCCGUGUAACGUGCCAGGAGGCGUCGCAAGGUCUGUUCACUUCUGCAUAGUCAUAAUGAUGCGUCUCGCUUUCUGA